UUUUCAAAAAAAAAAUUCGUUAUGAAGUGACGCCAUCUUUGUUUUCCUCUAAUUUUUUGUGCCAGUGAUUAUGAUGAUUAAAAAAGUGUUGUUUUGUGAUUAUUUUGCGGCACCGCAGGAGGAAAGGCCCCGCAUGCGGUCCGGCUCCAGCAUCGUGGUGGUGGGCGCUGACGAGGAGAAGUGUCCGCCGCCGGAUGACGACAAAGACAUGCUCACUAUGCUCUCGCUCACCUCCGACACCGGUCCCCACCGCGAGAUGGCGGUGGACGUUCCGGACAGCUUCAUCGCGAGAAACAAAACGCCGCCGCGCUACCCGCCGCCGCGCCCGCCGCAGGUGAACGGCACUGCGAAGACGUCGGCGCCGGCGGUCCCUCCCAGAGAGGUGGCGCGGGACGCACCGCCGCGUCCCCCCGCGCACGACCUCACUAAGGACCAGGCGGACUCCAUCAGGAAGUACCAGGAGCAGUUAAGACAACGCAAAGAAGCGGAGGAGCGGAUCGCGGCGCAGAAUGAGUUCCUGCGCACGUCCUUGCGCGGCUCGCACAAGCUGCAGGCGCUCGAGUCCAACCCUCCGGUCAGUGGCACUGCGUUCGUCAACGAUGCGUACGAAGACGACGUCAGCGAUGACUCUUCGCAGCUUUACGCUGUUGUUGAUUACCAAGAAGUAUGUGCUGCGCUCACGCGCGUGCAGAAGGCGCUGGGCGCGAGCGGGGAGUCGGCGCUGGCGGCGCGGGUGGCGGGCGCGGCGGGCGCGCUGCUGUGUCCCGCGCUGCGCACCGCCCUGGCCACGCGCAGCGCCGUGCUCACCGCCGCCAGGCACAAGCGGCCCGGCCUAGCGCCGCCGCACACGCAUCGCGCCACUGAUCGGCUUAAAGAUUGUAUGGACGUGCUGGGCGCGCACACGGCGGCGGGCGGCGACAGCGCGGCGCUGGCGGCCGAGCUGCUGUCCAUCCUCGGCGGCCUCGAGCUCGAGAGCCUGGUGCAGGCGCACGACCAGGCCGCCGCGCUGCUCGACCCCGCCUGCUUCACCAGGGGGAAGAGGCAUAAGAGCGGAAACAAUUACAAUCACAAAGGUGACGACAAGAUGGCGACGCACUCCCCCGACGACCCGAGCGAACACAUCAAAAUUAUCAAAAUAGAAAAGACUAACGAACCACUUGGUGCUACAGUAAGGAAUGAGGGUGAAGCGGUGAUAAUCGGCAGGAUAGUGAGGGGGGGCGCCGCGGAGAAGUCAGGACUACUGCACGAGGGGGACGAGCUGCUGGAGGUGAACGGCGUGGCGAUGCGCGGCAAGUCGGUGCACGAGGUGUGCCAGGUGCUGGGCGCGCUGUCGGGCACGCUGGCGGUGGUGGUGGCGCCGCGCGCGCGCGGGCGCGACGCUCGCGACGCGCGCGCGCCGCACCAGCGCGUGCUGCACGUGCGCGCGCACUUCGACUACGACCCCGAGGACGACGUGUACAUCCCCUGCCGCGAGCUCGGCAUAAGUUUCCAAAAAGGUGAUGUUCUACACGUGAUCAGCCGCGAAGACCCCAACUGGUGGCAAGCGUUCCGGGAGGGGGAGGAAGACCAGACCCUCGCCGGACUCAUACCUAGCCAGGCAUUCCAACAUCAGCGUGAGUCAAUGAAGCUGACCCUGGCCGGGGAAGUGGCUGCGCGAGACAAGCCUCGCAAGGGUGGAACCCUGCUCUGCGCCAAGAAACCUCCGCGGAAGAAGAAAGGCAAGAAGGCCACGAGCGAAGCUGGAUACCCGCUAUACUCUACUUCUGGUGGUGAUGAGUACGAGCAGGAGGAGAUCCUGACGUACGAGGAGGUGGCGCUGUACUACCCGCGCGCGUCGCACAAGCGGCCCAUCGUGCUGAUCGGGCCGCCCAACAUCGGCCGCCACGAGCUGCGCCAGCGGCUCAUGGAGGACGCCGCGCGGUUCGCCGCCGCCGUGCCGCACACGUCCCGCGGCCGCAAGGAGCACGAGGUGCCCGGCCAGGACUACCACUUCAUCUCGCGCACGCAGUUCGAGGCCGACAUACUCAACCGGAAGUUCGUCGAGCACGGCGAGUACGAGAAGGCUUACUACGGUACAUCACUAGAAGCGAUCCGUGAGGUGGUGAACUCAGGCAAGAUCUGUGUUCUAAAUCUGCACCCGCAGUCGCUGAAGAUCCUGCGCAACUCAGACCUCAAGCCGUACACCGUGUUCGUCGCGCCGCCGAGCCUCGAGAAACUACGGCAGAAGAAGAUUCGCAACGGAGAGGCGUUUAAGGAGGAAGAGCUAAAAGAGAUCAUAGCGACGGCCCGCGACAUGGAGCUGCGCUGGGGCCACCUGUUCGACAUGAUCAUCAUCAACAACGACACGCAGCGCGCCUACCAGCAGCUCCUCAACGAGAUCAACAGCCUGGAGCGCGAGCCGCAGUGGGUGCCGGCGCACUGGCUCAAGCACACCUAGCGACCCACGCGCGGCGCACGCGCUCCACGCACACGCCACGCACGCGCCACGCACACGCGCACGCGCGCCCCGAGGGCCGCACGCGCCAGUGCGAGCCAGGACGUUAGUGCGACAAGUGAUACAGUGCGAAACCAAUUCCAAACGAGUUCUGUGCAUGCGUCCUCAGGCAUGGACGCCGUGCAUUGCGACAUUAUUAGUGCCACCACGGGCGCGGACUACGCGCGCGACUCGUGCGUCGCCCGGCGCGACUCGGCGUACAAGCUGAUGCUGAUGUUGGAGAUGGUGGCGCGGAUGGUGGUCCACAUGCUGGUGGACUUGGUGAAGGCGUUCGACCCGAGAGUGUUGCGCGACCGCCUGUUCGGCUGGGGCCGGCGCCUGCGCUCGCCGGCACACGACAUAGAGUAUAGCGAUGUGUUCCCAAAUUAUUUAGUUAAUAACGACAAUCUGAAGCGAAUAGUGAACGAGUGUAACGAGAGAUUAUUUUCUUAGUUCCAGCCAGUUCAGACUAUGUCGGACUGUUACUAUAAGAUAUCACCACGUACUUCCAGUUAUGGACCAAACGGUUUGUAGUUUCGACGUAGUUUGAACAGGAUUAUCAAAUUAAUUGAAACAUUCCACUGGUCAGGAAUGAUGCGACAUAUUGGUUUUGUUGUUAGGUGUGCAAGAAAUGUUUUUAUGUGAUUGAAUUUCAUUAAGUUGGCUAAGUCUUAGCAUAGAAUUGCUAAAGAAAGACUUUGUUUAAAAGAAUUCUAAUGUGCAACUGUACUGAUCGAAUCGUCAUUAUGUGUUAUUCGUUAUGUUAUCAGGGUUGCCGAUUGUUAUUUUAGCCAUUUAAAAAAGUCUUCAUAUGAAUUAUACUGAGAUUUUAUCGCAAUACUACAAAAGAUGUGAAAAUAUAAAACUAAUUGUCCUUUAUUCGUUGGCAACCAUGGAUAAGUAAGAAAAUAUAAUGGAAAGAAUAAACAAAAAAUGCUUUAUUUAUUAUUUUUUUUCAAAUGAACAUUAAAUUCUUUUGUUAUACUCGUAAAUACUGGUAACCCUAAAAAAAUGUUUAAUUAAAUAUACAGUGACUGCCUUAAAAAUAGUGUUAGUGUUGUAUCCGUUGAUUGUGAAAAUUAUUUGAUAUUGAUACAAUAAAAUUGAGGGUUGCCAUGUAAAACUCGGCGAAAUGUCAUUGAUCGAUUUUUAGGAGAUACAUUUUAUUACAUUCCCUAAUGGCUUUACUACGUAUUUGUGAUUUUAUGAUACUUCGUUAAAUAUUAUUUAUAUAGGUAUAAUUUAUAUUUCUCUUUGCAUAGCUACCAUGUAUCAAACAGCGAGAAAGUUUGAAUGUAUGUAAUGACAAAUAAUAAUAAAAAAAAACAAAAUAUAUUAAUAUCCGUCAUGUCCUUUAACUGUUCCUCAAAUAAAUUUUGUUUUCAUAUAUAAUUGUAGUAAGGUUUGCACUUUGAUAUUUUUAUUCAAUACUUAACAAUAAUUAUCAUCGUUUUUCUCUUUAAAUUAUUGCCAAAUUGAAAUUAAAACAUUUAAAAAUAUAUAUAACUAGAUGUGUUAUAAUAUUGUUGAAUUUUUACAUUUAAAGCCUCCACCAACAAUAAUGCAACGGAAUUUAUAGUUUGCGAAUGGUUAAGAAAA